AUGAAGCCAGAGGGGGAGGCGGAUAAUGUUCGAGUUGUUGUAAGAUGUCGCCCUUUAAGUGAGCAGGAACAACAGCAGGGUAGGUCGAGUGUGGUAAAUAUCGAUGGCUUGAAAAAUGCUAUUUCGAUUGCGAACCCGUCUGCCCCUCAAGAACCCUAUCGGGUUUUUACUUUUGAUGCUGUGUUUGACGAAAAUGUAGAUCAGCUAAACGUGUACAACAUCGCCGCUCGCCCAAUUGUUGAAAAUGUUCUUCAGGGUUACAAUGGAACAAUUUUGGCUUACGGUCAAACGGGAUCUGGUAAGACGUAUACAAUGACUGGGAAGCCAGAUCCGCCUGAACUUUCUGGGAUUAUCCCCAAUUCUUUUGCUCACGUUUUCGACCAUAUUGCAAAGUGUGAGCAGGGAAAGACUUUCUUGGUUCGCGUUUCGUAUUUGGAAAUUUACAAUGAGGAGAUCAGAGACCUUUUGGUGAAAAAUCCGUCACAUAGUUUAGAAAUCAAAGAACGUCCCGGAGUGGGAGUUUAUGUGAAAGAUCUCUCAAGCGUGACAGUUUCAAGCGCAGGCCACAUGGAAAGGAUAAUGCGUUUUGGAAAUAAUAACAGGCGAGUAAAAGUGCUUUUUUUGGAAAAUUUGACGAAUAAUCCUCUAUCAGCUUGUCGUACUGAUUGUGCCACCAGCAUGAAUAUUGAAAGCUCUCGAUCUCACGCAAUUUUUAUAAUGACAAUAGAACGUAGCGAAAAGAUUGGUGGACGAGAUCAUUUGACUCAGGGCAAGUUGCAGCUUGUGGACCUAGCGGUAUGUAGUUUACAUUUAACAUUCUGGUGUAGCGGUAGUCCUCUGCAUCAUAAUAAAAGUUCACUUUUGAUUCAGAGUGUUUUCCCCUUACAUUAAUA